GGCCUGGACAGCAUCCUGAGAAAUCCUUGGAAAGUGAAAUCAGUGUGGUUAUAAUAAUGAAGUGAACCUGAGACUUGGUGAAGUACACAAAAUUUCUCAAGCAUUGAGGAUUUGGAAAUCACAUCGAUGGAAAGAGGGCACAAUAAUACAAGAAGCCAUGGAAUGAAUGAGAGAGAAGACUAUGUUUCAAUUGAUAUUCAAGAAGAUUCUGACAUCCCACUGUUUGAUUCCAUGAGAGAAAUGAUAGAUGGCCUGCCCCCUCUGUCGAAUGAUUGUUGUAUCUAUAGAGUACCCAAGAGAAUGCGUGAAAUAAAUGAAAAUGCUUACACACCUGGGGUGGUUUCCAUCGGUCCAUUUCAUCGCGGUAAAGAACACUUACAAGCCAUGGAAGAGUUUAAACCCAGGUAUUUUCAGUCAUUCCUUAAUCGUGCUGAUCAUCGCAUGACUUUGAAGAGUUGUAUAAGGGUGGCAAAGGAAUGGGAAGAAAGAGCUCGAAGUUAUUAUGCAGAAAGCAUUAAGCUUAGCAGUGAUGAAUUUGUUAAAAUGGUUCUUUUGGAUAGCAGUUUCAUCAUUGAGGUCAUUUGGAGAUUCAAUUUCUGUAUCGACGAAAAUACCAGUUACUUAAAUAGGAAACUUUCGAUGAGUAAUGUAAAACGAGACACGAUCUUAAUUGAAAAUCAACUUCCCUUCUUUAUUCUUGAGGGUCUCUUCGAUUUAGUCUUCCGAGGAUCCUCUUCCUUCCUCCAUCUUUCCAUCAACUACUUCAAAGUUUCUCAUAUUAUUCUCAGUGACAUGAAUGAGUCAAUUUCAAGUUCUGGAGUAAAGCAUUUUGUUGAUUUGCUGAGGUUAUGUUACUUACCAUCAUCUCUAAGGCCGGAAGCAUAUAAAGUGAAAUAUGUGCAGGUACCAACUGCAACAGAGCUUCAAGGGGCAGGAAUGAAAUUCAGGCGCUCAAGUAGUAAUCUCAAGCUUGACAUAAGACAUGCUAGGGGAGUGUUGGAAAUCCCCAAAUUUACUGUAAAUAACUCCACAGAAUCUUUGUUUAGAAACCUCAUGGCACUUGAGCAAUUUCAUUAUCGGUAUAACAGCUACAUAAUUGAUUAUAUUCAAUUCAUGGAUGGCCUUAUUGACACUGCUAAAGAUGCCGAAUUACUUAUCCAAAAUGGAAUUUUGGAUAGCUACUUGAGCGAUUGUUCUGCCGUGGCAACUCUCUUUAAUAAUCUCACCAAGGAAAUGAUAUUGUGGACUCCCAACUAUUUGUAUUAUGGUAUAAGUGAAAAAUUGAAUGAAUAUUGUAGGGAUCCGAAGCACAAGUGGAGGGCAACAUUAACAAGUGAUUAUUUCAGCACUCCAUGGAAAACUGCUUCAACCAUUGCCGCGGUGAUCCUGCUUGGACUUACUCUUAUACAAACCAUAUGUUCUAUAGUCUCCCUUUAGGUUCAUCAGUAUGUGUCUACUUCCAUUCUGCAUUGGACUGAUUUUCUUAAUUACUAGUUUUAACAUAUUAUGUGGUUUAUUUUCAAAAUUGAUCCAUGUUGUCUUUCAUUGGUGGCAUUAUCUAAAUUUAUCUUUUAAGUCUUGAGAGCAACGCUUGUAUUUUUCUUUUUUCAAGAAUGAUGUUCCAGUUGAGUGGAAAACUCAGAGCUCCAAGUUCU